AUGCACAACUGUCAACGCGGAUUCGACUCCUACGCACACGCCAGUGCGCUCCGUCGAGCGCUUGCACCGCUCGCUCGCGCGCAACGCACCACCCUCAAUACUCCUUCUCGGCCGCCUGCCCUACACCGUGUGCCUACUCCAGUGCCGGUGCCGGCGAAGCCGUCGCUUUUCAUGCGUGUGGCCGCCCAUCCUGCGCUCGCGCAGCUGCUAUUCAUCAUCUCACACUUGCCACACCUCACGCUCAGCACUCUGCCGACGCUCACACUCGCCGCUAUCUAUCUGCUGUGGCAAUCGACGUUGUCGCUUGUCCUUAUCGCCUACGCAUUCCUGCGUCCUUACACGCCAGCUAUUGCGUUGCUCAUGCUCGCUCGCGUGCUGACCCCGGUGUUCCCGGCAGUAGACAUCAUCCUAGCGCUCGGCGUGUUGCACGCGCUGAGUGUAGGCGGGAAGCUGGGUCAGCAACGCGCCGACACUCGGUCAGCGAGCCCAUGCCGGAAGACACGCCGAAGGCCCUCGCCCAUCCGUGUGCCGUCUGUGAAGAUGGAGGACUGUUAUGCCGUGUCUGGAUGA